UCUUUGGUGAUGAUGACGUGUAGCCUACAUUUUUGCUGCAGCAGCUGGAACUUUCGGUUCGGUCUCGGUUUAAGCAAUAAGCCUUUAGGUUUUAAUGUGAAUUCAAAGGACAGCAAGGCGAUUCAACUAUAAUUUUUAAAUCACAGAUAAAAUUUUUCUAGGAUCGCCUUUGUCGGAACAACAUAAUGGAGACGCUCUAUCACCAGACAAACAAACACAUCCAUGAGGUGCAGUCCAACAUGGGUCGUCUUGAAUCGACAGAUAGAGAAUCUGUCCACUUGCUGGAGAAUGAACUGCAGGCUAGAAUUGACCAGAUCUUCAGCUGCUUGGAAAGACUGGAGAUUCUAGCCAGUAAGGAGCCACCCAACCGCCGGCAGAAUGCAAAACUACGGGUCGACCAGCUGAAGUAUGAUGUCCAGCACCUUCAGUCCGGCCUGCGCAACUUCCAGCACAGGCGUUACAUGCGCGAGGCCCAGGACCGUGAGAGGGAGGAGCUGAUGACCCGCACCUUCACUACUAACGAUGCAGACACCUCUAUCCCCAUCGACGAAACUCUGCAGUUCAACUCCAGUCUUCACAGCGCGCACAAAGACAUGGAUAACCUGCUGGGCAGCGGAAGUAGCAUCCUCGAUGGCCUGAGAGACCAGCGGAACUCCCUCAAGAACACUCAUAAGAAGAUGCUGGACGUGGCCAACAUGCUGGGUCUGUCGAACACGGUGAUGCGCCUGAUUGAGAAGAGAGCCUUCCAGGACAAGUUCAUCAUGAUGGGCGGCAUGCUGGUAACCUGCGUGGUCAUGUUCCUCGUGGUCAGAUAUAUCAACUGAGGGCUUCUGACCAGGCCCUUCAAAAACUUUUGUCGACACUGGUAGAGCAAUGCGGGACAAAUCCUUCAGUGAAGGUUUUGUUGCACUGUAACCUUAUUAAUUUUUUUCUUCCUUAAUUUUCUGGAGCCAUAAGAAGGGUUGCCAGGCUGCCUGAAGAGUCAUUAUGGGUAAGAACCUCCAGAUAACCAGAGACAUUGCACCCAGAGCCCUCAUGAGGCACGCUGCAUAGAUAGAACCGCUGGAGACAUGCGAGUUGAUGGGGAUAAUAAGGAAACGAAAGGCCAAAACAGAAGAGCCUCUAUAAAACAACGUUUUGGCAUUUCCCUUCUGCUGUGAUUAGGCAGGCAAUAGUGGUGGCAUUGUGACCCUGCCCACCCUGGCCUUCGGUGUGGUUUUCUCACAAUUGUUCUGCCCUCAAAUUCCAUUUUAUUGUUCUCCCAAUAUCUUUUCCUAUCAGUUACAGUGUUCUACCAGUGAAUAUGUAUUUUAUGCACUUGACAAAAUCACUUUUGACUACGAACCCGAUGGCAGUCAAGUCAUGUGACAUUGUAAGAAUAUUUACGUCUGAGUUUUAAGAGCUAUAAAUUUGACUGGCAUAAUUUUUCGAUCGGCCCUGUGAGUGUUCAGAACUGUGACGAGCAUGCGGCUGGAGGGACAUAGUGGACAAAACCGUGUGUUUUCUCAUUCUAAUAUUUAGUUACUAAAUAUAAAACUAAAUAUUAGAAUGCGAAAAUACACGGUUUUGUCCACUAUGUCCCUCCAGCCGCAUGCUCGUCACAGUUCUGAAUACUCACAUUCUGAAUGCCACCAUUUUCUGACGAAACCCAAGAUAUAUUUCGCAUGCGGGACAAUUUGUCGUCAGAGUGCUUCCCUGUGUUUACAAGAGCCUUCAUUUCAAUCCCCAGAAUCUUGCAUCAGUUUAUAAACUGAUGCAAGAUUCUGGGGAUUGAAAUGAAGGCUCUUGUAAACACAGGGAAGCACUCUGACGACAAAUUGUCCCGCAUGCAAAAUAUAUCUUGGGUUUUUAAAAGGUGGUAAAUUGGCAAUGAACUUGAAGUAAAAUAUUUAAUUGCUGUGGCAGUUUAUCAACUGAUAGCAGUAGGACCAGUUAGGAAGUUGAACCAUGUUUGAGUCUACGUAGUAGCGCGGGUGGGUGUGUGAAUUGGCACAGCGCCACAGUGUGCGUUACAGCGGAUGGUGGAGUCUGGAGCUCGUACACCAUUUAAAAAUCAGUGCUGCCAGCCUUCUGAAUAUGCUUCAAUUUCCCUGAGGGCUCAUUAAAUAUAUUUCCAUGUACAGUACUGUAUUUAGUAAUGUUUAAUCCAUUGUUUAAUAAUUCAGACGGAAUGAGGGUUCUUAUUACACAUUUACAGAUUUUGUCAAUCAGUGGUUUUUCAAAUGUGAUUUUGCAAAAAUGAUUAAACUAUCUGUGAAUUUGACUAAUGUAAAUUUGAAAGUUAAAAAAAAAUAUUAUGUCCAGCGUUUCAGGGCUCAGCA